AUGCUGGCUGUGUCCAGAUCUAGAGGGCCUAUCUCCUCCUCUCACUAUGUUCUUUCAAUUUCUUGUCAAUUAGCUCAGAAAUUCUUCAAAUAUGAUAUCAGCCCCCAGAAUUCCUCCCACCCAAUAUCCCACACCAACUCUCCUCCCUCUACCACUGACUUUCAUGGAGAUUCUCAUGGCUACCUCUAUAAAUGGUUCUCUCCCGGAUCGUUGGGUUCUGGUGGAGAUGAGAAGAACGGUUCCAAAAUUGAAACCAUCCCAAAAUCCAAAUCCUCCCUAAAUCAAUCUAGGGCUGCAACGAAGGUAGGGGACGAAGCAGCUGGCAGAUCGAGGAGGCGAAGCAACCGGCGAAGGGAGGCUGCGAAUCCGGCGAAACAAGGCUGCCAAACCGGCGAGGAAGCGCGAGAUCCAGGCGGAGAAGUGAAGCCUUUGACUGCCGAGGAAUUGGAGCAGUACGAGUCCAUUUCGGAGUCCUCCGACUCUGACUCCGACGACGGCCUCGAAGACGAGGAAGAGGACGGCGACGAAGACGAGGAUGACGACGACGACGACGACGACAACGACGCGGAUGAUGAAGACGAUGAGGAUGAAGAUGACGACGACGAUGUCCAGGAGGUCGUACAGUCCUCCGGUGGCCCUCCGGUUCAGUCAAUAGACGAUGAGGACGACGAAGAAGACGAGGAAGAGGCUGAAGGAGGCGAUGACGACGACGACGGCGAGGGAGAUGACGACGACGACGAGGGCGAGGAUGAGGUUACCGGAGCUCUGAGAGCUGGGGCGGUGGAGUACCCCGAGCGACUGGGCCAGCCUGUGUGCCAGUACUAUAUGAGGACGGGGAUGUCCAAAUUUGGCGCCACUUGUAAGUAUCACCAUCCUAAGCAGGGAGGAGGCUCUGCGGCCCCUGUAUCACUAAAUUACUAUGGAUACCCAUUACGACCGGAUGGAGCUAAUGAAAGCAAUGCUAAAGUGAGCAAACGCGAGAAGGCCAGGCUAGUAUACUACUGGGGGCCAAUACACUACUGCGGAUCAGUACACUAAUGCGGAUCAGUACACUACUGAGGGUCAGUAUACUACUGGGGGGUCAGUAUACUACUGGGGCUAGUAUACUGCUGGGGGUGACAGACUACUAAUCCUCAGUACACUACUGCUUGUAUGCGGAAGCAGCAAAGCUAGAGA